GCUUUUCGCGCCAUCCUGUGAAGUGAGACGGCGCGGCGUCUGUCAGCCACUGCAGCCAGAGCGGGUCAGUGGGGCCAGGUACAUGCGGACGCUCGCUCCGGGGUCGCAGGGGCCGUCGGGGGCACGCCUGACAUCCCGGAGGAGCCCCUCGACCUCCUUCUGGGCCGCCGCCCAACCCGGCUCAGCCCCAGGCAGGUUCCCGCCCAGCCCCUUGCAGCUCGCCGCGUCCCUCCCACAGGAAUCUGGCGGGUCCCUAGAGCCUGCAGUAGCGCUCUGUUCUGAAGUGUCUAUGUCAACUCAGCUCCGUAAUUAGAUUCUCUACCAAGCAUCGGAGAAAUACUGUAGAGAAAAUGUCCAAUGAAUACAAAAGGAGACCAACUUUUUUUGAAAUUUUUAAGGCACGAUGCAGCACAGCAGACUUAGGACCUAUAAGCCUGAAUUGGUUUGAAGAACUUUCUUCAGAAGCCCCACCAUAUAAUUUUGAGCCUCCAGAAGAAUAUGAAUAUAAGACCAACAAUUAUGAGCCACAGCUGUUUAAAACGCCACAGAGGAAGCUCUCUUACCAUCUGUUGGCUUCAACUCCAAUAAUAUUCAAUGAACAAGGUCAAACUCUACCAGUAGACCAGUCGCCUUUCAAAGAACUAGGGAAGACUCUUGGAAAUAGUAGACAUAAAAAUCACCACAGAACCAAGGCCAAAAUGGACUCCAUGGUUGAUGUUGCCAGUCCACCUCUGAAGUCUUGUCUCAGUGAAAGCCCUCUUACUCUGCGAUGCACACAGGUUGUACCACAAAGAGAAAAGCCAGUGAUGUGUGGAAGUUUAUUUUCUACACCAAAAAUCGAGGAGGGUCAGACACCUAAACCUAUUUCUGAAAGUCUGGGAGUUGAGGUGGAUCCUGAUAUGUCUUGGUCCAGUUCAUUAGCUACACCACCAACCCUUAGUUCCACUGUGCUCAUAGCCCGAGAUGGGGAAGCACGAGGAAUUGUGUUUCCUGAAGACUCCCCCGCUCAGGUUUUGAAAAGCUACUUUUCCAGCCACAAUGAAAGUCUGAAAAAGAGUGGUAUAUCAGUUCCCUCUGUGACUGACAGCGAGAACAAAAACCAGAGGGAAGCUUUUAGUCAUGGAUUGGGGAAAACGUUAGAGGAUUCAUCUGGCAAAACAAACAGCUUCAAAGAUUGCCUUAGGCAGUCAAUACCAAAUGUUCUAGAAGAUGGGGAGACAGCUGCAGAUACUUCUGAAGAAGAUAGUUUCUCAUUAUGUUUUCCUAAGCAUAAAACCAGAAAAAUGCAAAAAAUGAGAAUGGGCAAGACCAGGAAGAAAAUUUUCAGUGAAAUAAGAACUGAUGAAUUAAGUGAAGAAACUAGAAGUGGAGCUGAUGGAAAACAUUCAUUUGCACUUGAAAUUGACCCAAGAGAUAGUGAUCCCUUAGAUCCAGAUGUGACAAACCAGAAAUGCUUUGACAAUGGGAAUGAGGAAAUCUGCGAGGAAGUUGUACAGUCUUCAGACACUCGAUGGUCUCAGCUAACCCUUUCUCGUCUAACUGGUACCCAGAAGGGAAAAAUACCUCUACCUCCUAUUUCUUCUUGUAACCAAAAUAAUUCAGAAAAAGACUUCAUAGAUACGAAGGAAGAAGGUAUUGACUCUGUUACUUUAGAAAAUUCUUUGCCUCAUAUUUCUAGUUUUCCAGAACCAGAAAAGAUGUUCUGUGAGAAAACUCUGGUAGAUAAGGAACAUGAGGGACAGCAUCUUGAAUCACAUGAGAACUCCAUUGCAGGGAAGCAAGUGGUAUCUGGAACUUGUCAAGCAGCUUGCCUAUUGAGAGAGCCACUUGAAGAGUCUCUGGGUAAUCUCUUCUCAGAGAGUGUGACUAGCUCAGCCUUUACAGAAGAACCCAGUGCCUCUGCAAGUGGAUUGGGAAUAUGUGCUGUGUCCUCACAGAGAGAGGAUUCUUUGUGUCCUAGUUCAGGUGACACUGGAAACUGGCCAUCAACUCUCACUCACACUUCUGCAACUGUGAACAAUACAGGUUUAAUAUCCAGUCUAAAAACUAAAAGAAGAAAGUUUAUUUACUCUGUCGGUGACAGUGCAUCUCAUCAAGGAAAAAUACUACAGGCAGACAGAAAGUCAGAGCUCACUAACACUUCUGCUCAGUUCGAAACAAGUGCUUUUGAAGCGCCAUUCACGUUUACAAAUGGGAAUUCAGGUUUAUCAGAUUCUUCUCUCCAAAGAAGCUGUUUACAGAAUGAUGCUGAAGAGCCAUCUUUGUCCUUAUCCACCUCAUUUGUGACUGCUUCCAAGAAAGAAAGUAGUUAUAGUAAUGCAUUGAUAUCUCAGGAUCUCCAUGACAAAGAAGCAAUAGUCAGUGAAGAAAAACUGCAGCCACAUACAGCCCUGGAAACUGAUUGUCUGUCGUGCUUGCCAGAAAGACAAUGUGAAUAUGAUCCAAAGGGUCCCAAAGUUUCAGAUGGAAAAGAAGAAGUCUUAGUCUCAGCAUGUCAUCCUGCAGGACAGCACACAGCAGCAGCACAGCCCAGCAGCAUUAGCUUUGAAUUACAGGAAGACCCUGUCAAUGGCCACAAUAGUACAAGUCCUAAAGAAACUCCUAGCUUGAAGGUGCUUCUGUCAAAGCCAGUUGUGCUUUCUAGAGGAAAAGUGUCAUGUAAAAUGCCAGAGAAACUGCAGUGUGAGAGUUAUAAAGAUAAUACUGAAUUAAGCAAAAGCAUUCCCUUGGGAGGAAAUAAAAUACACAUCCUAAGUGAAAAUUCUAAACCUCCUGAGCUUCUGCCACCUGGAAAAUAUGUAACAGAAGCAUCCCCCACAGUGAAGUCUCAGUUCAAUCAGAAUACAAAUCUAGCAGUCAAAAAAAAUGACCAAGAAGAAACGCCUUUUAUUUCAGAAGUAACAGUCAAUGUGAGUUCUGGAGAACUUUUCCCAGACAAUGAGAAUAAUUUCGCCUUUCAAGUAACUCAUGAAAAUAAUAAGACUGCCUUAGGAAGUACUGUGGAACUGCAGGAAGAAGACCUCCGCCAUGCUAAAGGGCCUAAUCUCAACAACUCUCCCACAGCAGUAGAUGGAGACAUAGGUGAUGAGCAAGCAGCUCAUGCACUGAUUAUGGAAGACUCCGAUUCCUCAGCUUUAGUCCAUGAGUGUGCAAAGAAGAGCAGAAAUACUAUAGAGCAGCAUCUGAAAGGAACCACAGACAAAGAUUUCAAUUCCUCCUUGGAUGUGAAAUCAGAUGGGAACAAUGACUAUACAGACAAAUGGCCAGGAUUUUUGGAUCCAGUUUUUAAGCAUAAAUUUGGAGGUAGCUUCAGAACAGCUUCCAAUAAAGAAAUAAAACUUUCAGAACAUAAUGUUAAGAAAAGCAAAAUGUUCUUCAAAGAUAUUGAAGAGGAGUAUCCUACUAGUUUAACCUGUAUUGACAUAGUUAAUGCCUCACCAUUAGCAAACCAGGAGAUACUAAGUGGACCUUAUACAUUUGAUUUGCAGUCAGUCACUACCAUGUCUGCCCAUCCACAGAGUCAGGCAUCUGUUUCUUGUGAAGAUACUCACACAUCACUUCAGGUGUUACCUUCAAAGCAAGAUUUUCAUUCGAAUCACAAUUUAACACCCAGCCAAAAGGCAGAAAUUACAGAACUUUCUACUAUCUUGGAAGAAUCAGGAAGUCAGUUUGAAUUCACACAGUUCAAAAAGCCAAGCCAUGUAGCACAGAAUAAUAUACCUGAAGUGCCUGGAAAACAGACGGUUGCCAUAAAUACUACUUCUGAGGGGUGGAAAAGGAUUGGUCUUCAUCUCACAGUGGAUCCUGCCUCUGUAGCUCAGACAGAUGACAGCAAGAAAUUUGAAGGUUCUGCUGGAUUUAGACAAAGCUUUCCUUGCCUGUUGAAAAGCAGUUGUAACAAAAAUACAUCUAGUUUUUUAGCAAAUGUAAAUGAAAUGGAGUUUCGAGGAUUUCGUUCUGCUCUUGGCACAAAGCUUAGUGUGUCUAGUGAGGCUCUGCAAAAAGCUGUGAAACUCUUCAGUGACAUUGAAAGUGGUAGUGAGGAGACUUCCACAAAAGUCGACCCAAGAGCUUUGUCUUCAGGUGCUCGUCAUGAUUCUGGUGCUUCUGUGUUUAAGAUAAGGAAACAAAACAGUGGUAAAAGUUUUGAUGAGAAAACUAGUAAGUGCCAAGUAACAUUACAGAAUAAUACCGAAGUGACUACUGGUAUUUUUGUUGACAGAAAUCCUGAAAAUUAUGCAAGAAAUACAAAAUGUGAAGAUAACAACUCUACUGGUUUUCAAAGAAGUCCUUAUAAAUUAAAAAACUCGGAGGAUAGUGAAUCAAGUACAAGCGGCACAGUUUCUGUUCAUCAAGAUGAUGGUGACUUACCAUGUGCUGCUGAUCACUGCAGCAAGUACCCUGAGUCGUGUUCCCAAUAUGUAAGGGAGGAAAACACACAAAUUAAGGAAUGUGUAUCAGAUUUAACAUGUUUGGAAGUCAUGAAAGCUGAGGAAACAUGCUAUAUUCAACCUUCAGAUAAAGAACAAUUACCUUCAGGUAAGAUGGAACAAAAUAGAAAAGAUUUUAAUAUAUCCUUUCAGACUGCAAGUGGGAAAAAUGUCAGAGUCUCUGAGGAGUCAUUAAGUAAAAGUAUGAAUAUUUUAAAUCAAGUAACAGAUGAAUCGAUCAUCUCUUCAGAUUCUUUGAAUUCUAAAUUUCAUUGUGGCACAAAUAACAACAAGAUGGGUAUUUCACAUCACAAGGAAACUACCAGUACUAAAAAGGUAUUUGAAGAACGUUUCCCAGUUGGGACUGUCAGUCAAUUACCAACUCUCCAGCAGCAUCCUAGAUGUGAAAUAGAAAGUAUCAAAGAACCUGCUCUGUUGGGUUUUCAUACCGCUAGUGGAAAAAAAGUCAAAAUUAUGCAGAAAUCUUUAGACAAAGUGAAAAACCUUUUUGAUGAGACACAGUAUGUUAGUCAUCAAGGGUCAAAACCCUUGAAGGACAGAGAGAACUGCAAAGAAGGACUUGCAUUAGGAUGUGAGACAAUUGAAAUACCUGCCUCCAAGUGUGAAGAAAUGCAGAAGAGCUUUCUCUCUAAGGAGUCUGAAGUGCUAUCUAAGCAAAGUGAUCGUUUGUAUAGGUCGACUGAAAAUCUCAGAACAUCAAAUGGUACCUCUUCUAAAGCUAAUGUACAUGGAAACAUAGAAAGUGAAAUAGAAAAAAGUCCUACAACUUGCUGCAUUAGUCAUUUAUCUUAUUCAGUCACUGAAGAUUCUGCUUUGACAUGUGACACAGGACACGGUAGAAAAACUUGUGUCAGUGAGUCUUCUCUAUCCAAAGACAGAAAAUGGCUUAGAGACCGACUGGGUGAUAAGCUUCAAAAAAGAGAUGCUGCCGAAAUUGAAUGUGUAAAAGAACAUACUGAGGGUUAUGCUGGAGAUGCCUCAUGUGAGCAUAGUUUAGACAGUAUCAGAAAUGAAGUUGAUAUAAAUUGUGUCUCUGAAAAUCAAACUUCAGCCCUCUUUAGUGACCCUAGCAUGUGUCAUAGCUGUCCAUCCCAUUUUGGUUGUCAUUGUGAUAACAAGCAUAAUGACUCAGGAUAUUUCUCAAAAAAUAAAAUUUAUUCUGAUACUCAGCCAGACACGAAGAAUGAAGACACUGCCAAUUUUUCCAGUGUAUAUGCUACAAAAGAAGUAAAUAUAUACCCGCCAACUGUAAAUGAAGAUAUUUGUGUUCAGAAACUUGAGACUAACUCUUCACCACAUACAAAUAAAAAUGUAGCCAUUGACUUGGCUAUAGCAGAUUCAAGGAAUUGUAAGGUAUGCCCAUCCAAGUUCAUUACAGAUCACUCACAAGAAACUGUGAAAACAGUAAAAGCAAUAUUUACACAUAACAGUGAUAAAACAAUUAAGCAAAACACAAAGAGUAAACCAGAUACUUGCCGGACAAGCUGUCAGAAAGCAUUGGAUAAUUCAGAGGAUUUUAUAUGUCCUAGCUCUUUAGAAGAUGACUAUAUGAACUCACAUAAGACUUCUGUUUAUACCCACGAUGAACAAAUAUUACAGCAUAACCUAAGUGUGUCUGGACUGGAGAAAGCUCAAAUACCACCUGUUCACUUGGAAACUUGGGAUAAGUGUAAAUCUACAAGGGAACUUGCACAGGCAGCCUGUUCUUCACACAUGCCGGGGAUUUUUAGCACAGCAAGUGGAAAAGCUGUACAGGUAUCAGACGCUUCAUUAGAAAAGGCAAGGCAAGUGUUUUCUGAGAUGGAUGGUGGUGCUAAACAGUUACUUUCCACAUUGUCUCUGGAAAGUCAUGAACAAUCAGACCACUCUGGGAGAAGAGAAAACUCUGUGACACAUAACCCUGAGGAUGUAUUGUCACUCCCAAAAACCUUUGCAAGCAAUGCCAAUUCAUCUGUAUUCUCUGGAUUUAGUACAGCAGGUGGUAAACGGGUCACAGUUUCAGAAAGUGCCUUACACAAAGUUAAGGGAAUGUUAGAGGAAUUUGAUUUGAUCGGAACUGAACAUACUCUCCAGUGUCCACCUACAUCUGAAGGUGUAUCAAAAAUACUUCCUCAAUAUUGUGUUGAAAAGAGAACCCCAGAAUACCCUAUAAACUCUAAAUUGCAGAAAACCUAUGAUGAUAAAUUCAGUUUACCAAACAACUAUAAAGAAAGUGCUUCUUUGGGGAAUACUCAUUCUCUUGAAGCUUCUCCCCAACUCUCUCAGUUUAAGCAAGACACACGGUUGGUAUUAGGAACCAAAGUAUCCCUUCUGGAAAAAGAACAAACCUUCCCUCAAAAUAUAAAAACAGAAAGUGGUGUAAUGGAAACUUGUCCUGAUGUCCCUGUGAGAACAAAUGUAGGAGACUGUUCUGCUUUCGACAAAAAGCCAGAGAACUGUUUUGAAACAGAAGCGGUGGAGAUUGCCAAAGCUUUUAUGGAAGAUGAUGAGCUGACGGAUUCUGAACCAAGUCACGACAAAUACUCAUUGUUUACCUGCCCCCAAAAUGAGGCUUUGUUAAAUUUGAGAACUAGAAAGAGAAGAGGAAUGGCUGUUGAUGCAGUUGGACAACCCCCAAUCAAAAGAAGCUUAUUAAAUGAGUUUGACAGGAUAAUAGAAAAUAAAGGAAAAUCCUUAAAGCCUUCAAAAAGUGCUCCAGAUGGUACAAUAAAAGACAGAAGAUUGUUCACGCACCACAUUUCUCUAGAGCCAGUUACCUGUGGACCCUUCUGCUCUACCAGAGAAAGGCAAGAAAUGCAGAGUCCACAUUUCACUGCACCUGCUCAAGGACUUCUGUCUAAAGGGCAUCCUUCUGUGCGUUCGGCUUUGGAAAAAUCUUCAAGCAAUUCUACAGUUUCAGUCCAGCCGACUCAUAAAGUUUCUGCUACAAGGAAUGAAAGGACAGGAUGCUCAGUCACAGGCAAAUCCCACAAAGUCUUCGUCCCACCUUUCAAAAUGAAAUCACAGUUUCACAGAGAUAAACAUUUGAAUAACAAGAAUAUUAAUUCAGAGGAAAAGAACCAAAAGAGCAGAGAUGGAGACAGUGAAGAUGUGAACGACGGUGACAUUCGUCAAUUUAAAAAAGGCAGCUUCCAUCAAGAGGCCGCUAGAAUUGUCACAGAGUGUGAAGAAGAGCCUUUAGAUUUAAUGACAAGCCUUCAGAAUGCCAGAGACCUACAGAAUAUACGAAUUAAAAAGAAAGAAAGGCAUCAGCUCUGUCCACAGCCAGGCAGUCUGUAUCUUACCAAGUCAUCCACUCUGCCUCGGAUCUCUCUGCAGGCCGCAGUAGGAGGCCGGCUUCCCUCUGCGUGUUCUCAUAAGCAGCUCUAUAUGUAUGGCGUUUCUAAAGAGUGCAUAAGCAUUAACAGCAAAAAUGCGGAAUAUUUUCAGUUUGACAUUCAGGAUUAUUUUGGUAAAGAGGACCUGUGUGCUGGAAAGGGCAUUCAGCUGGCUGAUGGUGGAUGGCUGAUCCCCUCCAAUGAAGGGAAGGCUGGAAAAGAAGAAUUCUAUAGGGCUCUGUGUGACACUCCAGGUGUGGAUCCAAAGCUUAUUUCUAGCCUCUGGGUCUCUAAUCACUACCGGUGGAUUGUGUGGAAACUGGCAGCUAUGGAAUUUGCUUUUCCUAAGGAAUUUGCUAACAGAUGCCUAACCCCAGAAAGAGUGCUGCUUCAACUAAAAUACAGAUACGAUGUGGAAAUUGACAACAGCAGCAGAUCAGCCCUAAAGAAGAUCCUGGAAAGGGAUGAUACUGCUGCAAAAACACUCGUUCUCUGUGUUUCUGACGUCAUGUCACUAAGCACAACUGGAUCAGAAACUUCAGGCGGCAAAACUAGUGGUGCAGAUCCCAAGAGCAUAGACACGAUCGAACUCACAGACGGAUGGUAUGCUGUCAAGGCCCAGCUAGACCCUCCACUUGUGGCUCUUGUAAAGAGCAGGAGACUGACUGUGGGUCAGAAAAUCAUUACCCAAGGGGCAGAACUGGUGGGAUCUCCUGAUGCCUGCGCACCUCUGGAAGCACCAGACUCUCUUAGACUGAAGAUUUCUGCCAACAGCACACGGCCUGCUCGCUGGCACAGCAAACUGGGGUUCUUUCAUGACCCCAGGCCUUUCCCUCUGCCCUUGUCCUCACUGUUCGGUGAUGGAGGAAGCGUUGGCUGUGUGGACAUCAUUGUUCAGAGAGUGUACCCUUUACAGUGGGUGGAGAAGACGGCAUCAGGAUUGUACAUAUUCCGUAAUGAGAGAGAAGAGGAGAAGGAAGCAGUGAGAUUUGCAGCGGCCCAACAGAAGAAACUGGAGGCCUUGUUCACCAAAAUCCAGGCAGAGUUUAAAGACCAUGAAGAAGACUCAGCGCAGCGGCGCGUGCUGUCCCAUGCACUCACAAGGCAGCAGGUCUAUGCUCUGCAAGAUGGUGCAGAGCUCUAUGCAGCGGUGCAGAGUGCAUUGGAUCCAGAUCACCUUGAGGGUUGUUUCAGUGAAGAGCAGCUGAGAGCCUUGAACAAACACAGACAAAUGUUGAAUGAUAAGAAGCAAGCACAGAUCCAAUCAGAAUUCCGGAAGGCCGUGGAGUCCGCUGAGCAAGAGGAGGGCUUAUCAAGGGAUGUUUCAACUGUGUGGAAGCUUCGAGUUACAAGCUACGAGAGAAAAGAAAAGUCAGCUCUGCUGAGUAUCUGGCGUCCAUCAUCAGACUUACACUCCCUGUUAACAGAAGGAAAGAGAUACAGAAUCUAUCAUCUGGCAGUAUCAAAAUCUAGGAGUACAUUUGAACGACCUAGCAUCCAGUUAACAGCUACGAAAAGAACUCAGUAUCAGCAGCUACCGGCUGCCAGUGAAACCGUAUUCCAGGUUUACCAGCCGAGGGAGCCGCUUGACUUCAGCAGACUGUUAGAGACAGCCUUUCAGCCUCCUUGUUCUGAAGUGGACCUCGUAGGAGCUGUAGUUUCUGUUGUAAGAACAACAGGUCUUGCUCCUUUGGUCUACCUAUCAGACGAAUGCCUUAAUUUAUUAGUGGUAAAGUUUGGGAUAGACCUUAAUGAAGACAUAAAGCCACAUGUGCUAAUUGCUGCAAGCAACCUCCAGUGGCACCCAGAAUCCAGAUCAGGAGUGCCAACGUUAUUUGCCGGGAAUCUUUCCAUAGUUUCUGCCAGUCCAAAGGAGGUCUACUUCCAGAAGCGAGUCAACAGAAUGAGGCAAACUGUUGAGAAUAUCGAUACAUUUUACAAGGAGGCAGAAAAGAAGCUUUUACAUCUGCUUAAUGGAAACAGUCCCAAGUGGUCCACCCCAAAUAAAGACUCUACUCAGCCGGCCUACACUUGCCCUGCUUCAGAGCUCCUUGCUACAGGAGGUCAGCUAAUGAGGUUCUCACCUAAUAGUGAGCAAAGUUAUCCAAGUCCUUUAUCACAUUGCACACCAAAAGAAAAGUCUACACCCCUGGCUCGGUCAGCCCAGAUGGCAUCAAAGUCUUGUAACAGGGAGAGAGAGACUGAUGACCGAAAAACCUGCAGAAAAAGAAGAGCCUUGGAUUUUCUGAGUCGGCUGCCCUUACCUCCCCCGGUCAGUCCCAUUUGUACCUUUGUCUCUCCGGCUGCACAGAAGGCUUUUCAGCCGCCACGGAGUUGUGGCACCAAAUAUGCAACACCUAUGAAGAAAAAAGAACCCAGUUCCCCUCAGAGGAGGACGCCAUUUCAGAAGGACAGUGGCAUUUCUCUUCUGGAACAAGAUUCGGUAGCUGAUGAAGAACUUGCCUUCCUCAAUACCCAAGCUCUUGUACCUGGCUCACCAGAAGAAAAUCAACAAGUACUUCCUGGUGACUCCACAAGAACCUCUGUGCCCCACAACAAAAGAACCCCCAGCCAGCACAGAGGCCAGACCAGCAUGUAGGACCCCGAUCCAGGAAGGGGAGUCUAUCUCAGGGAUUACAGAGGUGGCAAGGGCAGUGAUGGAAAAUUAGCUGUCGAGUCUUAGCCUCCCAGUUUGUAAGAUGUGUACAGUUCUAAAACUACACGUUUGUGUGUCAAGACACAAGUAACUGCACAAUUGUGGCGUGUUUGUGUGCUAUACAGAUGUUCUGCUUGGUUUGGUAUUUGUGUAACUAUUCAGUUGUCUAAAGCUGGCCAGAUACCAACUAAUUUAAAAAUCUUUAAAUCUCUCUGACUAGAUUUGAUCACUACAAGCAUUAUUUUACGUGCAAAAUAAACAUACCUUUACUUUUA